UUGGCCACCACAGAAACUUCAUCAAUAGCCCCACCGGCCGACGUCCGUGUCCGUCCUCCAAGUUUGCACCGGGGCGCAGGAGUCAAACAACGAGGGCUUGGUCAGACUUGGAUCCACAAUCCGGGACAAUGACGGGAAACAACUGGGGAUAUGGAAAAGAGGACGGUCCUUCUGUAUGGCACAAAAACUACCCUGUUGCCGAGGGGAGCCGACAGUCUCCCAUUGACAUCAUACCUCAGCAGGCUUCACAUGACCCCAGUCUGGGCCCGAUUGUCCUAAACUACGAUCAGUGUACCUCCAUCAACAUCGCCAAUAAUGGACACUCUGUAGUUGUAGAGUUUGAUGACUCUGAUGACCGUUCAGUGAUCCGGGGAGGCCCUCUUGACAACCCCUACAGACUGAAACAGUUUCACUUCCACUGGGGUGGAAAGGGCUGCCAUGGCUCUGAGCACACCGUUGAAGGAAAUAACUAUGCAUCUGAGCUUCAUUUAGUACACUGGAAUGCUGUCAAGUACAAGACGUUCGGGGAGGCGGCAACAGCUCCCGAUGGCCUCGCUGUGCUCGGCAUCUUUUUAGAAACAGGUGACGAUCACAGGUGGCUCCACAUGAUAACAGACACUCUGUACAUGGUGAAAUUUAAGGGCAGCAUCACAGGUUUCAAGGGUUUCAACCCCAAGUGCCUCCUACCCAGCAGCCUCCACUACUGGACCUACCUGGGAUCACUGACCACACCCCCUCUACAUGAGAGUGUCAUCUGGAUCGUCCUGAAGGAGCCAAUCAUCGUGUCUGAAAAACAGCUUGGCAAGUUUAGAAUGCUUCUGUUCACUGGAGAGGAAGAGGAUCAGAGGAUACGCAUGGAAAACAACUUCAGGCCUCCCCAGCCUCUCAAAGGCAGGAAAGUGCGUUCCUCCAAUUAAUGUCACCUCAACAGAUCUGACGUUUAUAGAUAACAAAAGCUCUUUUAGACAACAGUGAAUGCAUAAAUUUGAGUGUAACUUUUUAUGUCAUGGUAGCUUGCCCUGAGGAGGAUUUCUGAUUUACUUUGUAUAGAAGGAAAAAGUUCAAGGAGUAAUUCUCAUCUCUGCCAGCACAUUGAGAUGUCUGUUUCCCUCUACUGGUCAGAAGAUAUACAGGCAGAGGGAGGGAUUUUUUUUUUUUUUUUUUUUUAAAUGAUUUUUAGGGAAAAAUAAAGGAGAUGUUAUGAAGCAAUACAAUAUUAGCUGUCAGCAAGUUUAUUAUUUGACUAAUACUACUAUAUGCUAUCAUAUGUGCUAUACGAUCUCCAUUCUGAGAUUAAACUGCAUCCUGCCCGAAGUGUCACAUUUCUUGGUCCAGUGUUUCUACUAGGCAAGAGGGUAAUGCAUACUGUUAAUAACAGCUCACCCCUGAAGCUGCACUUGUAAGGAAAAUAUAUGCACAGUCCAGUAUGUAAAUACUUGGCAAGAGGCCCUGAUGUCUCACUUGGUUGAGUUACGGCAGCUUUGUGUGAUGCUGGUCCUUAUUUAGAUGGACUUGGAUUUUACUAAUGCAGAGGUAUGGCAGUGAAGAACUUAUGUUGUUCCCAUACAACAAAUGCACAUGUGAAUAAAUGCACCUUAGUCAUGAUUGUUUUAUGUUGUUGAUGUAAAAGAAAAUAAAAAAAUUGUAAUUUAA